CUCACCGAAGUCGACACCACCCAGCUCAAAGCUCAUAUGCGCGAGGCCUUCAAAUGGGACUCGGAUCCAAAGGAUUUCCAGCUCAAGGCUGUUGUCGCGCAGCUCGAAGGCGUUGAUAUGAUUGUCCAAGCUCCCACAGGUGCGGGGAAGACAGCUCUUGCCGCAGGUCCGCAUGUUUGGCCCGCUUUUGCAAAGAAGGUCACCCUCAUGGUGAGUCCC